AUGCCCGAUUCAGACUAUGCGGGACUCUCUCCCGCGACCAUCGAGUCCAUCGCUGGUCUCAGUGCUGGUACAGUCGCGACGUUGACUGUUCAUCCUCUCGAUGUCGUCAAGACUCGCAUGCAGACUCCCGAUGCUGUGCGUCCAACAACCAUGUCCAUUCUUCGUGCCUUGACAUCUAGCCCUCACCCUGUCGCCUCUCUCUACCGCGGUCUAACGCCUAAUCUUGUCGGAAAUGCCUCUAGUUGGGCCUCUUUCUUCUUUUUCAAGUCACGCUUCGAGCGCGCUCUCGCUACGUGGCAGGGUCGGCUUGGAGGACGUCCCUCUGGAGGCGAUUACUUCAUCGCUAGCGCUUUGGCAGGCGCAGCAACGACUACGUUGACCAACCCUAUAUGGGUCCUCAAAGUACGCAUGGUAUCCUCUGACCGAGGCUCUCAUGGUGCAUAUCCUUCUAUGUUGGCUGGCGCCCGCUCCAUACUGCAGACUGAAGGCAUUCGGGGCUUCUACCGUGGCUUAGGCAUCUCCCUAAUAGGUGUAUCACACGGCGCUGUGCAGUUUGCGGUAUACGAGCCCGCAAAGAAGUGGUACCACGCGCGGCGUCGAGAGAAGCAUGGCAUCGAAAGGGAGCAUAUGACCACUGAGGCUACGGUUGGGUUGUCGAGUCUGUCCAAAUUCGUCGCUGGUGCUGUCACGUAUCCGUACCAAGUACUCCGGAGUAGACUCCAGAACUACCAAGCUGACGAGCGAUUCGGUCGGGGUAUCAGGGGCGUUGUUGUAAGAAUAUGGACUGAGGAUGGACUCAGAGGGUUCUAUCGUGGUAUGGUACCGGGCGUUGUUAGGGUGAUGCCCGCAACAUGGGUGACGUUCUUGGUGUAUGAAAAUGUCAAGUACUAUCUUCCUCAGUGGGCUUGA